AUGGCCGGAGCUCUAUCGUCAUCGUGCAUCUUCUGCCAAAUCACCCGUGCCUCGACCCCAGCCACCAUCCUCCACCAGGACGACAAGGUGGUCGCGUUUCAGGACAUCAAUCCAUCUGCGUUAAAGCAUUAUCUUGUCAUCCCAGUCGAGCACAUACCGACUGUCAAGCAACUCCGAAGGAGGGCCGAGGACUUUGCUCUGGUCAGCAACAUGCUGGAUGUCGGCAGGGCUCUGUUGGAGAGAGACGCGCCUCAUGCUGAGCAGUAUAGGUUCGGAUUCCAUCAACCUCCCUUCAAUAGUGUCAACCACCUCCAUCUACAUUGCUUUGCACUUCCAUAUAUGCCCCGAUGGAGAGCUAUGAAGUACUUGUCUCUAGGGCCGUUUGUUGGAUUCAUCGAAGCAGAGAAGCUGUUGGAGAGGAUAAAGCCGGCGUCUUCUCUCUGA